AUGCAACAUUCUCCCUUGAUAUCUUUUUACUGCUGUCACUACGAAGAUCACUAUGAGCAUAAUUUGCUGUCAAUUCCCACAAAUGAUUUACGGGAACUUUUGCAGCUAAUACUUGAAGAGAAUUCUUUCAAAUUCAAUGAAAGACCCUUCAUACAAACACACGGCGUAGCUAUGGGGGCUAAGACAGCAGUUGCUUUCUUUGUUAUUUUUAUGGCGGACUUAGAAAAACGACUGCUAAUAGCUAGCCCCUAUAAACCUUUGGUCUGGAAGAGAUUAAUUGAUGACAUCUUUUCACUGUGGGACAUUUCAAUGAAAGAAGUUUACAAUUUUGUCGACUUCGCGAACAUGUGUCACCCUUCAAUCAAGUUUACUUGCGAAAUGUCAUCCAAAUGUGCUGUUUUUCUUGAUACUGAGGUUUUCAAAGGACCUCGCCUUUCAACUCAUCAAAUUCUUGACUUAUGAACACAUUUUAAGCCUACCUACACACUUCUCAUCUUGCCACCCUUCAAACUGCAAAAAGGGUUUUAUAAAAGCAGAAGCAUUACGUCUUUUAAGAACUAACUCAGUUAGAGAGAACUUUGAACAAAAAAAAAAAAACGAGACUUUGAACACAGACUCUGUCAAAGAGGCUACCCUCUAACACUCGUUAAAGAAAUACUAACUGAAGUUAAGUUUACAGACAGAAAAGAGGCUACUCGCAAAAAAACAUAA